GAGAAGAAGAGAAACGUUAUGAAAUACGAUACGAGUAGUAGUUGUUGUACAUCACUAACUGUGUGGAGGAAAUCACUCGUAUUCAGUUGUUAUGGAUUUACAGUAUUUGAUUCCAAUGGAAAUCUUGUCUAUCGGGUCGAUAACUACAGAGGUGACCGUACUGAAGACAUCGUUCUUAUGGAUGCCCGUGGGAAACCCCUCCUCACCCUGCAUCGUAAGAAACGAAGAUUUGUGAAAAACUGGGUAGUAUUCGAAGGAGACGCAGAGGAGAGAGAUGGGAAACCAAAGAAGCCAAUCUAUUGUGGAAGGAAGCAUGUAAAUCUUCUGUUGCAGAGAAACCCACAUGAUGUACUGGCUCAUGUGUUUCGAGGAUCGGAUAGUCAUCCUUCGUCGGAGAAAGGAUAUGGAUUGGAGAUACAAGGAUGUUACGAGAGAAGAACAUGUCAGGUGGUAGAUGAUGAGUCGGGAGAGGUAGUUGCAGAGAUUAAAAAGAAAGAUGCAUGCAUUCAAGGCAUCUCUUAUGGGCUCGAUGUUUUUCUUUUGAUCGUUCGACCAGGUUUCAAUCCUGCUUUUGCAAUGUCCCUGGUUUUACUUCUCGAUCAAAUGUUCACUUGAAAUUAGUUCAUUCUUUUUCGUUUAA